AUGCAUAGCAAUAUGGUCAAGCUCUAUGAAAAUCUUGGAGAAUACUUUAUUUUUGACUCUAAGACAGUGAGCAUAGAAGAGUUUUUUGGUGAUCUCAACAACUUCCGAACUUUGUUUCUGGAAGCAGUAAAAGAAAACAACAAAAGAAAAGAAAUGGAAGAGAAGACUAGGAGGGCAAAACUUGCAAAAGAGAAAGCUGAACAAGAAAAGCUGGAACGCCAGAAGAAGAAGAAACAGCUCAUUGAUAUAAACAAAGAGGGUGAUGAGACUGGUGUGAUGGAUAAUCUUCUAGAAGCCCUACAAUCAGGUGCAGCAUUCAGAGACCGCAGGAAGCGGGUUCCCAGGAAUCCAGAUAACCGACGGGUACCUCUGGAAAGGUCACGCUCUCGCCACAAUGGAGGUAUCUCCACUAAGUGA